UACCUACUACUAGUGCCCCAUCGUAAACAUUAUCGCUCUUGGUGCACUCUGUUUGGAUCAGUCCGAGAGUUUUAUUGUAACACAUCGGGUCAUCGCGUAACAGGUUCAUCGUAUAACAAAGUCAUGCCCGGCAAGGUUCCUCAAGUCGAUCUGGGAAAUGGGUACAGCAUACCUGGACUAGGCUAUGGAACAUAUUUGGCGAAGGAAGGUCAAGGAGAGGAUUUAGUAAAGCAAGCAAUCGACGCCGGCUAUCGGCACAUUGAUACGGCCUUCCUGUACGAGAACGAAGUCGAGGUGGGCAAAGCGAUUCGGGCGAAGAUUGCCGAGGGUGUCGUGAAACGAGAAGAUCUGUUUGUUACCACUAAACUGUGGAACACAUAUCAUUACCCAGAUAAUGUGGCAGAAGCUUUCCAGCGGUCGUUCGAUAUGCUCGAUAUCGGUUACAUCGACCUGUACCUUAUGCAUUCUCCGAUGGGUCUCCAGUUUCAAGGGUACGAGUUUGGCGACAUGAAUCCGAAGGACAGCGAAGGAAAUGCCUUAUUUUCUGAUGUAGAUUAUGUCGAUACCUGGAAGGCAAUGGAAAAGUUGGUGGCAACUGGUAAAGUUCGUAGCAUAGGGUUGUCCAAUUUCAACAGUGAACAAAUUAACAGGAUAAUGAAGGAAGCUGAAAUAAAACCUGUCAAUAAUCAGAUUGAGGUAAACCCAGGUUGGAAUCAGAAAAAAUUAAUAGAAUUUUGCCGAAGCCUUAACAUUACAGUGACAGCGUUCGGGCCCAUGGGACGUCCUCAUCGGACGACCUACGGUAACAAAACGGCCCUCGGUGAUGCAAAGGUGAUUGAGAUAGGCCAAAAAUAUGGCAAAACCGAUGGUCAAGUUAUUCUACGCUACCUGGUUCAAUUGGGAACGAUUCCGAUUCCAUAUUCCACCAAUGCGGAACGAAUCAAGCAGAACUUCGAUGUAUUCGAUUUCAGUCUAACGGAGGCGGAAAUGCUGUACAUGGACACGUUCCAGUCGGAAAGGACUUUGCCCUUCCCACCGUUGAAGAAACACAAGUACUACCCGUUUAAUUCAGAAUUUUAAAAAUGAUUAGCUUUGAAAAACGCUGGAUAACGAUUGCCUUAAUAUCAAAAUCGUAAUUUUUUUCGGAUUGGGUUUUCGUUUCAAAGUUAUUUAUAUACUAGAUCAGCAUGUUCAUAUCAGACAUUUCAUGGGUUAAAUUAUUGUGAUAAAUUUUAUU